AUGACGGCCGUAGCUUGGAAGGCAACACGGCUCCUGUUGACCAUUCUGGUGGCCCUGGUGGCCUUCAGCUACCAAGUAAAGAGGAAAACAUUUAUACGGAUUGAAGAGGUAAAUGCGUUGGAGGCUUCUGUGAAGGACACACUGGAGUAUGUCACAGAUGAGUACAACAAGAAAAGUGAAGACUUGUACAACUUCAGGAUCCUUCGAAUCCUGAAGAUUGUGAAGCAGAUGACAAAUCACAUGGAGUAUCACAUCACAGUGGAAAUGCAGCGGACCGUCUGCUUGAAGACAGAGACGAGCCUCUGUGAUAUCCAGAAAGGGGAACUUCACAAGAAAAUCCAGUGCUACUUCUCAGUGUAUGUGAUUCCCUGGCUUGAAGUAUUCAAAAUGCUCAAGAAGAACUGCACCAAUAGCAGCUGA